AUGAAAGAUCUAGGUAAUCUGAAGUUCUUUCUGGGCAUUGACUUUGCUAGAUCAAAAGAAGGUAUAGUCAUGUCUCAAAGAAAGUAUGCCCUGGAACUCAUCUCUGAGUCUGGGCUAUGGGGAGCUAAUCCUGCAGGCACACCCCUUGAGCUGAAUCAGAAGCUAACUUCUGAGGAGUAUGACAAGGCUAUAGCAGGUGUAGGAAGUUCAGAAGCAACCGAUGCAACACUUAAGGAUCCAUGCAUUUAUCAAAGGCUUUACUUAACUAUGACUAGACCAGACCUGGCCUUUGUGGUUCAAGGCUUGAGUCAGUACAUGCACAAUCCUAAGGUGUCUCACAUGGAAUCAACUUUGAGAGUUGUAAGGUACAUAAAAGGGGCUCUUGGGCUAGGACUCGUUAUGCCAACACAGAAUGCUUAUCAGUUGUCUGUAUAUUGUGACUCUGACUGGGGUUCUUGCUUACAAACUAGAAGUUCAGUCACAGGUUAUGUAGUUAAGUUUGGUGAUGCAUUGAUCUCAUGGAAAUCAAAGAAAUAG